AUGGAUCAAGUUUCGGCGGUUACGGACCCUCUUAUUCAGUUUGCAAGGGCCUCGGUUCACUUUUUCCAUCGCUGCACCAAGCCUGAUCGGAAAGAAUUCAAAAAGAACGCCAUUGCCACUGCUGUUGGAUUUCUAGCCAUGGGCAUCCUCGGGUUCAUUAUCAAGCUCGUGUUCGUGCCUCUCAAUAGCAUUAUUGUCGGUGGUUAA